AAAAAAAUCUCUUAAAAUUUCCAUUUAUCCAGUAUCCAUCAGCCUUGUUAGAUCAUCUAAUUCCUGGCGCUGCGGGACAGUCACAAUGAGAAACCUAAGGUCGCGAUCUUCUCGAAACAAGGAGGGGCUUAGUGGAAGAUCAUGUCGGAACGAUUUCAUUAGUCAGAUGCCGGAUGAAUUGCUCCUUAUGAUACUAGAUCUUCUGCCAACAAAAGACGCGGUAGCCACCAGCAGUCUCUCCACCAGAUGGAGGUUCGUGUGGUGUAGUUUAAAUGUGUUUGACUUUGAUGGUGAAAAAUCCUUAGAAAACAUGGAGGAUGAUAGUACGGUCCUGUUGAUAAACGAGCAGACUAAAUUUAUCAAUCAGGUGAAUGGUGUCAUUCAACGUCACAACCUCCCAACAGUUCAAUACUUCCGGAUUCGUUUUGAUUUGAGUAUGGUUUAUAUCCAAGAGAUCGAUCAUUGGCUCCAGUUUGCGUUGGACAAGAAAGUUGAAAUUCUUGAACUAGAUUUGAUGCAGAAAAGUUGCAUGCCCCGUGAAAAUCCACACGAAAACUAUGAUUUCCCAUUACCAUUAUCGAAUCGAAGGAUGAGACACUUUUACAAAUGGCCUUCAUCGGAUGAUAUUGUUUUAGAGAUGCUGUCUCUAUAUAGGCUCGAAUUAUAUGGUGUCAGUGUGACUGAACCAACCCUAAAAGGAUUUCUUAAAGGUGCUCCAUGUCUUGAAGUCCUAUCUAUAUAUGGCUCCCAUUUGUCCACUCAUCUUCAUGUUGGUGGAAGCGACAAUAACUUGAAACACUUAAAACUAGUUCAGUGUUCCGGGGUCAAGUUCAUUUCUUUGUGUAAUUUUGACCUUGAAUCGUUUAUCCAUGUCGGUAAAUUCGUAGAAUAUCAUUUUGACGAUCUUCCAAAGCUUACAGACCUCAAAGUUGGCGGUGUUAGUGUGGGUUUGGAGGAUAAUGUGUUCUCCCAGGUCUCAUGUUGUGUUUCCUCCCUUCAGGUUCUUCACUUGGACAUAAUAGAUGGUCCAGAGGAAAUUUUGGAUACCGACUCCGUUCCCAAACUCCCGAAUGUCAAGAAGUUGACGCUGAUAAUUAGAGCUACACAAGAUGAUAGUCUACUAGACUACACUUCUAUUGCUAAAGCAUGCCCGAUUUUGGAGACUUUUGAAAUUUGGCUAUAUUGGUUUUCACUUGCUAAAAGAAGGAGAAAAGUAAGGCGUACUGCUAGUCACUGCCAUAAACAUCUUAAGCUUCUUAAAGUUGAGGGGUAUUAUGGUCGAAUUAGCGACCUUGAGCUUGUUGUGUACGUGAUGGAGAAUGCUAUUGCACUUCAAAAUAUAGUUAUAGAUCCUUCCUGCCUUUAUUCCCGUGAAGGUCUAACUGCGGCAAACAAGUUGAAGGUUGAGCAACAAGCCCGAUCUUCUGCCAAGCGCCAGCUGCAGCCAAUAGUUCCUCAAGGUGUGGAGUUGACCAUAAAAUAACUUGCCUUUCAACAUUUCGCAUGCACAGAACUAUGUAAUCAAUAUUGGACAUGUGUUUUACAUGUUAAAGGCCUUUUUCUAUAAGCUUAUGUAUAAAGUUACUCAUGUAUAUUGGACAGGUUAUUCAAACUUUUAAGCUUAUGUAUAAAGUUAUGUAUAUUUUGUACUA